GAAAGUGUGGUUUUCGACGAUUUUUAAAAAUGCCGAAACGAUCUGAUCUUGGCCGUAAAUCGCGCAAUACACGUAAUCAUGCUGCAAGGAGAAAUGAAGAGACUGCAGAGCAACGAAGUCAGCAUAAUGAGCAAAGUAGACAACGUAUGGAGAGAUCACGUUCUGCUCAUUCGAAUGAAAAACGGGAAACACGUAAUAAUAAUGAUCGUGAAAGAAUGAGAAGAAAUCGUGCAGUGCAAGGUCAACAAAAUACGAACAUGAAUCAGCGUAUUAGGAGACAGAGGUCAAUUGUACAAAAUCUCAACAGAGCAGCGUUUGCAUAUAAUCAUUUGUAUGACUAUAGUUUGCACAAUUCUGUUGUAAUUGGAACCAUGACUAAUGUUUGCAAACAUUGUAAGGCACUGAAAUUUCAAAAUGAAACCGAUGGUCUUUGUUGUUCCGGUGGAAAAGUUAAACUACCGGAAUUAAAACUUCUCCCUGAACCAUUACGUUCAUUUGUAUCGGGAACAACACCAUUAUCAAGGCAUUUUUUGGACAAAAUUCAAACGUAUAAUUCCUGUUUUCAAAUGACAUCAUUUGGUGCUUCGAAAAUAAUCACAGAUAAUUUCAUGCCAACAUUCAAGAUUCAAGGACAAAUUUACCAUCAAGUCGGAUCUUUAUUACCAUUCGCGGAUGCAAAUUAUGAGUUUUUAUAAAUUUAUUUUAUUGGUAAUACCGAAGAUGAAAUUGAUCGACGCUGUACACUUGCCACUAAUGCUCGACGAGCAAUAGUUGGAGAACUGACAGAAUUUUUCCAUGCACAUAAUUUAUUGGUUCGAUUGUUCAAAACAGCGAUGGAUCGAAUGCCAUCAGACAACCAUAAAAUUGUGAUUCGUCCAGACAAAGUACCUGUAGGCGAGCACUCUAGACGAUUCAAUGCUCCCACUAUCGACGAUGUUGCAAUUGUAAUUGUUGGCCAAGAUUUUCAAAAGCGUGAUAUUGUGCUUCAUCGUAGAACAAACGAGCUAACACGUGUGUCUGAAACGCAUCGCUGCUACGAUGCUUUACAAUAUCCAAUAUUAUUUUGGGAAGGCGAAGAUGGCUAUCAUUUCAAUAUAAAAAUGAUAAACCCAGCUACAGGCGCAGAAACGAAUAAAAAAGUUAGCGCUAUGAAUUAUUAUUCAUAUCGAUUAAUGAUUCGUGAAAAUGAAGAAUCUCACAUUCUGAAAUGCAGAAGAUUGUUCCACCAAUUUGUCGUGGAUAUGUAUGCAAAAAUUGAGACCGAGCGCUUAAACUAUAUCAAAUUCAACCAGACUAAGUUACGGUCCGAGGAAUACAUUCACUUACGGGAUGCAGUGAAUAACGAUGGAAAUGUGAAUGACGUCGGUAGAAUGAUCAUAUUACCAGCAACAUAUAGUGGUAGCCCGCGACACAUGCAUGAAUAUGCACAGGAUGCCAUGGCGUAUGUUCGCGCUUAUGGACGGCCGGAUCUGUUCAUUACUUUUACAUGCAAUCCGCAAUGGACUGAAAUCAAAGACCAUUUCUUUCCUGGCCAAUCCCCAAUUGAUCGACACGACCUAACUGCACGUAUUUUCAAACAAAAACUAAAAUCACUUAUGGACUUUAUUGUCAAACAUAGAGUGUUUGGAGAGGUGCGUUGUUAUAUGUAUUCCGUUGAAUGGCAAAAACGGGGAUUACCGCACGCACACAUUUUGAUUUGGUUGGUUGAUAAAAUUACACCGGAUCAAAUUGAUAGUGUGAUAUCAACUGAAAUACCGGAUCAAAUGAUUGAUCCAGAUUUGUUCGAAGUCGUCACAAAAAAUAUGAUACAUGGACCUUGCGGUGCAUUGAAUCUGAACUCUCCGUGCAUGAUUGAUGGAAAAUGUUCGAAGCGAUACCCACGAGCAUUAAUUUCGGAUACGGUCACAGGUGACGAUGGAUAUCCGGCAUAUCUUCGUCGAUCAACUGAUGUCAAUGGUAAAUCAACGAUAAUUAAGGUGAGAAAUCAAAAUGUUGAAGUUGACAAUCGUUGGAUUGUUUCAUAUUGUCCAUUGUUGUCCAAAACAUUCAAAGCGCAUAUUAACGUGGAAUACUGUUUUCUUUGA